AUGUCUACAGAUAGCAUAGCACUUGGGACCCCUGUAUAUACAUUACACAACUCUAUGGUGCCUCGUGCGAUUCCCUUAAAAAAUUCAGAUAUUUUUACACUUUUAGAAAACUCCAGUGAAAAGAGUCUUAUUAGCAGGGAUAAUUCACAGAUUAAAACCAGUCCAUUUUUCUCGAAUAAAGCGUACGCGUCACAAGUUGAGAUAAAAGUGGAUUUACCAAGUGAUGAUGAAAACGACGAUGACCUGUCGAGUCCGACAGUACGUCGACAAGUAACUGAGAAGACUUCACAAGAUGAUAUUGAUGCAGAUCGACAAUCCAUUAGUUCGCAAUCAGAAGAAAAUUCAAUUAAUCGAAAAGAACUGCAUCACAUGGUAAUGAAGCAUAUUUGGAAAUCGAACUAUUCAGCCCCUAUUAAAAAGCAGCUAUCUCAAGGCGGAUUAAAAGUUUUAGAUGUCGGAUGUGGAACAGGGGCAUGGUUAGAUGAAAUGUCCGCCGAAAAUCCUAAAUCGACAUUCACCGGGAUGGAUAUUAAUUCAUCAGGCUUUGAAAUUGAAAAUCAACAUGGGAAUGCCGGAUUUUUUGAAUAUAACCUUUUGGAUGGCUUGCCUUUUCAAGAUAACACGUUUGACUACGUUCAUCAAUCAUUUCUAAACCUUUUUUUGACCGAAAAGCAAUGGAAAGAAAUAGUAAUUAAAGAGUUGGUUCGUGUAUGUAAACCUGGUGGUUAUAUUGAGCUUUUCGAAAGUGAUCUCCAGUAUAUUAAUGCUGGUGAAGCGACACAUACCAUAAAUCGAUUCUUUCGUUCAGCGUAUAAACGACGAGGUAUAAAUCCAGUAAUGUGCACACAUCUUGUACGGUUACUUGAAGAAACAAAAGUUAUGACUAAAAUCACGGUAGAAGAGCGACUUAUUCCAUUAGGUGUCCGGAAAGGAUUGAUUAGUAAAAUGGCAACUGAAGGAAUAAUUAAAUCACUACAGUCUGCUCGAGAUGUUCUUUCCAACCUAAUGAAAUACAGUCUCGAAGAGUAUGACAACGCAUGCGAAAUUAUUCGUAGAGAAUACGACGAACAUAAAACAAAGAUUCCAACGUGUCGUAUUUGGGCACAAAAAAUCUCAAAUAAUAAUCAUGCAACAUAA